CGCAGCCCUCAGAGCGGUGGGACAUCGCCCCGCCAGCCCCCUCCUGCCGCAAAAAGGCGUGUUUCUCAGAAGCAAUAAGAUUAAGUGGAUCAGCUGGUGUGCUUUGUGUCUGGUGGAAAGAAGCUUAUUUAAAUUAAGAGGACCAGAGAAUCAGUGCUUCAGUCCAGAAAGAAGAUGGGUUCCACAGAAGACCUUGACUAUCCCCAAGUCAUCUUGCAAUACAGCAGUGGAUUUUUAGUCUCAAAGGUUAUGUUCACUGCCUGUCAGUUGGGGGUGUUUGAUCUGCUGGAGUCAGAAGGGCCUCUGUCUUCAGAUGCCAUUGCUGCACGCUUGGGUACCAGCACCAUGGGGAUGGAAAGACUGCUGGAUGCCUGUGUGGGAUUGAAGCUCCUGGCAGUAGAGCUGACACAAGAAGGAGCCCUCUACCGAAACACAGACAUUUCCAACAUCUAUCUUACCAAAUCAAGUCCCAAGUCUCAAUAUCACAUUAUGAUGUAUUACUCCAACACAGUCUACUUGUGCUGGCACUACCUGGCUGAUGCUGUGAGAGAAGGAAGAAACCAAUAUGAAAGAGCUUUUGGCAUUUCAUCUGAAGACCCUUUUGGAGCAAUGUACAGAUCAGAAGAAGAAAUGCUGAGUUUCAUGGCUGGCCAGAACUCAGUAUGGAGUGUAUGUGGCAGGGAUGUUCUUGCUGCAUUUGACCUUUCCCCUUUCACGCAGAUCUAUGACCUGGGAGGAGGUGGAGGAGCUUUGGCCCGGGAGUGUGUUUCUUUGUACCCAAAUUCCACAGUCACAAUUUAUGACCUGCCAAAAGUUGUGCAGUUGGCCAAAGAGCAAUUUGUUCCCCCUGAGGAGUGUCGGAUCAAUUUCCAUGAAGGAGACUUCUUUAAUGAUUUAAUUCCAGAAGCUGAGCUGUACAUUUUAUCCAAGAUACUGCAUGAUUGGGAUGAUGACAAAUGCAGGCAACUGCUGGCAAAAGUCUACAAGGCUUGCAAACCUGGUGGUGGGGUGCUGCUGGUUGAAUCGCUUCUGAAUGAAGACAAAAGUGGGCCUUUAGAAACCCAACUGUAUUCGAUGAACAUGUUGGUGCAGACAGAAGGAAAAGAGAGAACAGCAGCAGAGUACAGCAAGCUCCUGGAGACAGCUGGCUUUGGAGACGUUCAAGUCAAGAGGACUGGAAAACUCUAUGAUGCUGUUUUAGGAAGGAAAUAAUAGAAUGUCUUUUAUGUACCUAACUGUCACAUUCUCUUCUUAGAGGGAAUAAUCAACUUAGCUUUUAGUUAAAGUAACUAACUGAUAUUUUGUCAGGAGAAUCACUGAUUAUAGAUCUUGAGCAUGCAUGGGUUGUGAGUCUGGUAGCCUGAUUGGGGCUUCCCUUUAGAUCUGGAAGGUAAAGAAAGAAAUCAACCUAUUCCACAAUAAAUAUCACAUAACAGAAAUGUACAAUGUGUCUGCUUCAAUUUUUUUAAAUUCUUUCCAGUUAUAACACUAUAUCUGACAAAA